AUGGCUUCUGUUGCUCGGUCAUUGACUCGCUCAGUCCGCAACCUGGCCCCAAGGGGGCCAGGCUCGAUCUAUAGACGACCUUUCUCCGUCUCACCAUUCCGAUUCGUGUCCGAAGAUCCCGUCAUCCCUCCGCCCCCCAAGGACCUCAAGGCAGAGGACUAUCCCCCAGCUCCUGAGUAUACCCCGGAUCAUUUGACCAAAGAAGAACGGUCUAUGUAUGAUAUGUUGUCGCCGGAGGACAGGGCCGCUUUUGAUGCCGAAAACCAGCGCCUUGUGGCCGAUUUCAACAAUCUCGAGAAGCGCGCCGCGGCGUUUGCGGAGAUUCAAAAAAGAGUUGAUCAAAUCGACAAGCAGGAGGAUAUUCGUUUUGAGGACGUACGAACCAAAAUCCGGGGGUUUUGGGCCGAGGACGAUGCCGAUGAGAUGGCGCAAGUCGAGGACGGCGAUGAAGAUAUCCAAGAUGAUGAAAUCACUUCAAUGGCACACGCCGAGAUGGAAUUGCACCGUGAAAUGCGAGAGUAUGCUCGUAUAACGGCUUGGGACAUGCCGAUGCUGAGCAAACUCGCCAAAUCUUUUACGCUCCCCCCCAAGACUCACAUUCUUCGCUUCCGCUACACAACUUACAUGGGCGAGCAACAUCCAGCUGAGCCCAAGGUCGUGGUUGAACUUGCAUCCCGUGAUUUGACCCCUACCUAUCUUACCGAGGCUCAACGCCAGACUUUCUUGAAGCUGGUCGGGCCUAGAUACAACCCGCAAACCGACAUUGUGAAGAUGUCCAGCGAGCAAUUUGCCUCGCGAGCUCAGAACAAGCGUUACCUGGCCGAUGUGGUCAAUUCUCUCAUCCAGGAAGCCAAGAAGGGUGAUGCUUUUGCCGAUAUCCCUCUGGACCUGCGCCACCACAAGCCCAAGGUCCGCCUUCAAUUCCCCGAAGACUGGAACAUGACGGAAAAGCGCCGGGAGCAACUGGCCGCACGCCGCCAAGAGCGGUUGAAUGCCCAAGCUUCCCGCGAAGCUGUUGUGAAUGGUAAUGAGAUUGUGUCCGAGGCUGUGCUUACACUCCCCGAACUGAAUCCGGCACUCAAGGCUCGCGCCGCGGAAGAGCGCGAAAAGGUUGCCGUCAAGGUCGGAGCACGGCCCGCGAAGAAGGGGGCUCGCCGAUAA